CGACACGGUGUCUGAAGGCCAUCUGUCAUUUAGACAACUAGGCUGUGUAAGACAUGAAGGAAUCUGAAACAGUUUGAAAGUAGUACCUUAACAAGUACCUUAAAUUGAAUAUCAGGACUAAAACAAAAAUAGACUGAAAAGCAGAGAAAUAUGCUCGGCAUACUGAAGCAGAAAAAAAUUAUCAACGAAACUAAACACAAUAAUGUAACUGUUGAAUUCCGAAAAUACAGUGUUUUCUCAAUGGUUUGCUUACAGUUUGGUAAGCCUCGGUAUUGUAAUUCGCAAUUCGAUAAAGUCGCGUUAUGUUUAAAAUUUUGAACAGGACGCUUUCUUGAGGAAGACAACUGUUGCAAUUCAGUAUCAAAUUCCGGUGUGGUUUUGUAGUGUGCUAAUGACAAGUGAUGGCGCAUGAGGCAGGAGAGAGACCAGACGUAGAACUAAUCAAUGUCGUUAUAAACGUUGAUUGACUUUGCACUAAUUGUAUUUAAAUAAACUGGAUGUAAACGAAUACAAUAUUUAAACAGAUGUACAUAUUUUGUAAAAGGAGAACUGAACAUGGAGCACAUGACAAGCAUGGAUACUAAUUUUUCGGAAAUCCUCGAUGAGUUUAUGACAAGUGCACUUGUCAUUUGGGUGCAUCUGUUUGACAAUGUAGUUGAUGGAGAAGGGGAUGGGCCGCUGUCCACACAAUACCUGGAAGUGAACUCCAGCUCCCAGCAUUCACAGCACAAGUAUCUGCGCCUCACCAAUGGCAUCUUCCUCAACGAGGUCAUGAGAGUAAUUGAUCCAAACCCAAAAGUGGAACAAAUUUGCAGAAAUGAGAACAACGACGAAGUCCUGAGGGUCCAGAACUUCUCUGUCCUGAACCGACACUUGAGGUCCUACUAUCAGGAAGACCUCCAGCAGUUACUUCUGAUGCCCCUACCGAAUGUGGCUGUUUUAGGACGAGACCCUCUCACAGAGGCAGCUGUGGAGGAGCUCAGGAGCCUGCUGUUGUUGUUGCUUGGCUGUGCCGUACAGUGCGAGAGGAAAGAGGAGUUCAUACAGCAAAUACAGUCUCUUGACAUCGAGACUCAAGCUGCUAUCGCCACCUGUAUUCAGGAGGUCACGCAGGACCCCAGCAAUGUGCUGCCCCGCCAGUGGGGGGAGCUGUGCGCAGUGGAGCGGGCCGAGCUGCAGGGGCUUUUCAACACCAUGGCGCAGCACAUCCAGGCCCUGCUGUUCCAGAGGGACUCACACCUGGAGAGGAUAGCAGAGCUGUAUCAGCAGCAGGAUUUGGUGGAGAGGGCCCCGUCGCCGAGCAGCUACCAGGACACUCCGCAGGGCCUGACGGUGCAGCUGGCCGACAGUCGCGCCAAGCUGCGGAGGAUCAGACAGGAGCUGGAGGAAAGGGGAGAUCAGUUACUGGACUACAAACAGGAAGUGCAAGCCAUGGAGGGGGAGCUCAGGAAACUUCGUCAGGAGAACCGCACCCUGCAAGGCGAGGCGCGGGCGGCGAGGACCCUCCGAGACGAGCUGGACUGUCUGCGCGAGCGCGCGGCCAAGGCCGACCGGCUGCAGUCAGAGCUGCAGAGCUGCGCCCACCGUCUGCGCAGCCUGGACCUGUACCGCACGCAGCUGCAGGAGCAGCAGCAGUACUGCGCCACGCUCCAGGAGACGCGCGCCCUGCUGGAAGAGCAGCUGGGGGAGGUGCGGGCCCGCUGCUCCAGCCUGAGGGAGCUGGAGAGGGACAACCUGCUGCUCCGACAGAGAGUCAUCGACCUGGAGGGGGAGCGCGACACAGAGAGGCAGCGGGUGGAUGAGCUUCUGGAGGAGAACAUGAGUCUGGAGGCCGAGUUAAAGGACAGCCACGGCGGGGCGCGAAACCUUCACCAUUUUGGCGUGGAUUCUGAAGAUGAGCUGAGCCCUGGAACUCAGCUGAGCUUGGACCUGAGAGACCUGAAGCCGCUGAGUGUUGAGGUCAGUGAGGCAUCGUCAUGGAGACUGCUUGGGGCAGAGAAUGAGAACGCAGAGCUGCGCAGACGGCUGGAGCAGCUGCAGGCGGAGAGGGAGGCCUGCACAGACGGGCCUGGCCCCACACAGCUGGAUCUGUGUGGAGUGCUGGAGGAGAGGGAGAAGCUGAGAGAGGAGCUGCAGAGGCAGACAGACACACGGACGGGUCUGGAGGCGGAGCGGCAGAGCGCACUGACGGAGCUCCAGAACCUGAAGAAUGAAAACUCCAGACUGCAAAGAUGCCUGGAAUUACUCAGUAAGAAACAACCGCAGGAUGAGAAAGGAGAGGAGGCUUCAUCAAAGGAAGAGAGGAGCGAUGGGGAGACCCGGAGAGAGGAGGGAGAGGGAGGGAGGGAGGCGAAGGAAAAAGGAGGGCAGAGAAAGGAAAAGGAGAAGAAGAGUGGGAUGACUCCGAUUGGAACAAAGAGAGAAGAAGGAGAGGGCGAGGAGAUACUCAACCUCAAGGAGAGAGAGGACGAGUUAAAGAUGACGCGAAACGACAAAGAGAUAAAAGAGGAAGAGCCCGAGAGGGAGGAUGGCGAAGGAGAGAAAGAGAUGCGCAGAGAAAGAGAAACGCUGAAAGAGAAGGAAGAGGUAGAUGGAAAAAGAAGAACGGAGGAAGCGCUGAGGACGAGAGAAGGCGGAGAACUGGGCGUGGAGCCGGGGGGGCAGAAACUGAGAGAGAGGCAGAAGACGGAGGGCGAGGAGGAAAAGGAGGCCGAGGUGUGCAAAGACGGCGGGAAAGAUCCGGAAAAGGCCCACCGGGAGCCGGACACCUGUACGCUGGCCCCCCAACUGGAGCAGGCCCUGCAGGAGGUGGGGAGGCUGAGGCAGGAGGGAGACCGGCAGGCCGGCCUGCUCCAGGAGCUGCGCUCCACACUGGCGGAGGAGGGCCGCAGAGCCGCCAGGGCCGAGCAGAAGCUGGGUGUCCUGGAGGCCGAGGCCCCGGGGCUCCGGAGGUCGGCCGAGAGCCUGGGCCAGGCCAGGAGACAGAUAGAGGCUCUGCAGGCGGAGUCUGCGCAGAUGGAGGAGGACCUGGCUCGGCUGCGCAGCCAGGCGGAGCUGCAGAGGCUGGAGGGGGCGGUGAUCGCGCAGCUGCAGGGGGAGAGGACGCAGCUGGAGCGGGAGAAGGACGCCCUCCGCGGCACCAUCGAGACGCUGCGGGCCGCCGUGCGCAAGGGCGACCAGCUGGAGCUGGCCAAUCAGACGCUGAAAGCCGAGGCGGAGCGGCUGGGGCGGAGCCUGGAGUCGUCGCGGCGACGGGAGGAGGAGCUGGGGGCGGAGCUGGGGGAGGCGGGCCUGGAGGCGGAGGCCCUGGGGCGGGGGCGGGACCAGUCGGCGCUGGAGGCGGCCAGGCUGGAGCAGGAGAAGGAGGCGCUGCAGGGCCAGCUGGACGGCCAGCGCAGGGAGCAGCGGCAGCGCGAGCGCGACGCCGCCAGGCUCAGGCAGCAGCUGGAGAGCACGGCCUCGGCCCUGGAGCACAGCAACCAGAGGGCCUGCAGCCUGGAGGCAGAGAGCAGGCAGAACUGUCAGGAGCUGUCCCAGCUCCAGGAGGACUGCGCCCAGCUGCGGGAGCAGGAGCGGCAGCUGAGCGCCUGGAACAGGGAGGCCCAGUCCCAACUGAGCAUGCUCACACAGGAGUUAGCCAAUGAGAAGAUACAGUCCCAGGAACGGGCCAAUGAGGUGGCAAGACUGAGCCAGGAGCUUGAGAGGCUGAAGGCCAAGCAAACGGUCUCCUCCCAACCCCCAGCCCAAGCGCUCAACGAAUCAGGCGGCGCCACACCUCUGAUGUCAUCAGCGGGGGCCGGUGGGAGCGGAGCAGGGCUGGGCACAGGGCCAGCUAAUGACCCGGGCUGGCUCCCAUGUCAACACGCAGCCCAGCUCGAACCCUCUGCCAGCCGGCUGCUCACACAGGAAGCAGAAAGGGACUCUCAGCCCAGCAGGACCAGUGCACCAGUCAGCCAGGAGAACGACAUAUCCAUACUCAGGGCCACCAAUGACAUUGAGCCCACUGAAAACAAUGGUGCCCACCGGGGCAGUGGAAACCUUCCCAUGGCCUCAAACCCCAGUGCGGACAGGAAGGAGUCCCUGAGUGAGAGGCUAAUUGAAGUGGAGAGGCAGAACGCUGCCCUGCAGACAGAGAAAGGGGUUCGGCUCUCACAGGUGUCCCAGCUGCAGUCGGCCAACGGGCACCUGCAGGAGCAGCUGGACAGCCUGCACAGGCACUCGUACGCCCUGCAGGAGAACUGCGCCAGCCUGCAGACUCUCAACACCAAGCUGCAGACAGAGCAGGCCUCCCUGAGCUCCCAGCAUGCAUCAGUGUGGGCCCGCUGCAGCGAGAGCGAGGCGCGGGCGGCGGCCCUGGAGGCGGAGUCCAAGGUGUGGUCGCGGGACCGGGAGGAAGUGACGAUGCGGGGCGAGGCCUUGCGCCGGGACCAGGAGCGACUGAGCGCUCUGCAGCAGAGGCAGGAGGUCGAGCUCGAGGCCCUGCUCUCCAAAUACAGCCAGCUGAAAACGCACGCCCGGAACCUGGAGGCACAGAACCGCGAGCUGGAGGGAAGGUAUCAGGAGCUUCUGGAGCGCAGGGCUCAGAUGGAGGAGGGCGAGGAGGCCGUGCGGGCGGAGAGAGAGAGGAUGGAGAGAGAGGCGCAGACGCGCGCGGAGCGAGAGAGAGAGCUGCAGAGGCUGAGUGAGGAGAACGACAGACUGCACGCCCUGCAGAAGGAGUCGAUGCAGGUGCAGUCGGAGCUGUUGGCCCAGGGCUCGGUUCUGAGGGGGGAGCUGAGUGCUGCUCAGCUGGAGCGCACCCGACUGGAGGGGGAGCUGAGCACGCUGAGGGAACAGAACCAGCACCUGGACCUCAACAACGCCCGCCUCGCCAGCCAGUACCAGCUGCUGACCCAGCUGAAGGGCAACAUGGAGGAGGAGACGCGGCACCUGGUGGAGCAGAACCAGAUCCUGGCCCGGGAGAACCGGGACCUCCUGGAGCGCAGCCUGGAGAGCCGGGACCAGCACCACCUGCAGCAGAGAGAGUAUCUUGACAAGCUGAACGAGCUGCGCAGAGAGAAACAGAAGCUGGUGGAGAAGAUAAUGGAUCAGUAUCGGGUCCUGGAGCCCAGUGUUCCCCUGCCCAAUAAAGCCAAGAAGAGCAACUGGAUAGCGGAUCGGAUGAAGAAGCUGAUCAAGCCUCGCGCUGGGAGGGAGGGAAGAGCCCAAUUCAUCGCAGCCGGGAGCAUAGAGAACCUGGCUGAGGCCAGCGACGGACAAACAUUAAACGCACAACAUGACCCCCUCAGUGCGCCGGUGUCUCCCUCCCCGCUGCGGAAAGCGUCCAGCGUGGACUCGGAGGACCAGCCCCGCGCGGCCAACCUCCGCUCGGCGCGCCGCAAGCUGGGCUCACGGCACGGCUGGGGCCUGGGGAGAGGAAGAGGAGCGAGCGUCUCGCAGUCCUUCAGCCCCGGGGACAACCGCCCUUCGCCCCGAGACCGCUACUGCCGCCCGGUGGGCCCCACCGCCAUCUGGGAGGCCGAGGCCAGCCCCACGCCCAGCCAGGAGAGCCUGAGCGAGGGAGAGAAGGCUGGGUGCGAGGACAACCUCACAUCAGAGUUAAAGACUGACCCGCAUCGUCUUUCCUCUGGACCUGAAGAUUGCCUCUCCAGCGAUGGCAAAAUCACCCUGACAAAGACGGACAGUCUGCACUCCAUGUGAGAGAAUGCACUUCUGGUAUAAACUCAUUUAUAUCAGUCACUGUGUAUGUUUCCCCAAAGAACAGAAGGGCCUAAAGCUUUUACACAAUGGCUCCUACAUCACUAUACUCACGAAGACCUGGCUUUCUUUUUCUCAGUUAUUUAUGUGGACUUCACUAUUCUGUCUGGUUAAUAAAAAAUAUUUUCAUGUGUAUUUUAAAA